AAUGUAAUCGAAAUAAACUUACAAAACUUCAUGUCAUAACCAAGUGAUACGUUUGAGUGUUCACAAUUGCAUUUGAAAGGGGAAUUUAAAAAGGUAUAAAAGCAAUAUGACGGGAUAUGUCUUUAAAACAGCUAGUACAGUGAUGUCUUUUGAUUUUAAUAGCAAGAAAGUUCUUAUUACGGGAGCUGGAAGAGGGAUUGGACGCGCUUUAGCUAUUGCUCUUAAUGAGACUGGAUGUAAGGUUUAUGCUCUCAGCCGUACCAAGUCUACGCUCGACUCUUUAGUUGCUGAGCAUCCUAAGGUUGUUCCAAUAGUUGCUGACUUAUCCAACUGGGAUGAUACCAGGAGAAAGCUUGAAGAUUUGGAACCGCUCGAUGGUUUGGUCAACAACGCCGCGAUCCUAGGAGAGAAGUAUCCUUCAGUUGAUUUUCCGAGAGACUCUAUCGAUAAAUUACUGAAUACUAAUCUGCUGGGCGCGAUAAAUUGUGCACAAGUGGUUGGGAAGAAAAUGAUUGAUUCCAAAAUAAAAGGAUCUAUCGUGAAUAUUUCAAGUGUGGCCGGAAUAGGGGCUUUUGAUACUAACUUGGCAUACAAUGUUGCGAAAGCAGGACUGGACAUGGUAACAAAGCAAUUUGCUCUCGAACUCGGACCAUACCAGAUAAGGGUUAACUCAGUCAAUCCUACGCUUGUCAUGACGCCAAUGAUAACAAAUAUUAAGGAAGGCGUAUUGUACGAAAAGGCUUUUAUUGCCAGGACACCUAUGGGUAGAAUUGCAAAGGUGGAGGAAAUGGUUGGGCCAAUAUUGUACCUUCUUAGUGACUUUUCAAGUAUGGUUAGCGGCCAGAUGCAUCCAGUUGAUGGUGGAAUGCUUUCCAAUAUAGCUGUCAAAAUAUAAUUUCUUUGACAGGCUAUAUAUUUCUUUUGGUUGUACUACAAAUAUGGUGGUACGGAGGGGUUUGACACUUGGUAUAAGGAAAAAACGACCACACUGAGAAACAGAGAACUUGUUAUUUCACCAAGAUAAUGCCCCAGUACAUCUGUCUGAGGAUACUUUAAUGACAAUAGAUUUCUUGGGAUAUGAAAGACUGCAACACCCGCCUUAUAGUACCGGUCUAGACCCCAUGGACUUCGCUGUGUUUCCGAGGCUAAAUGCUGAAUUACGUGGCCGCAGAUUUGAUUCUGAAGAUGAACUUAAAUUUGCCGUACGAUCCGCAGUGAAAGGCUUCGAAAAAGAUUGGCACGGGAGUAUUUUUCGCAACUCAGUAGAUCGCCAUCAAAAGUGCAUACAAUGCAAGGGGGAAUACUUUGAGAAACAGUGACCGAUUUAAACAGUGAAAGUUACGUGCGUUUUGAUAUCGUGUUUAGAUAAGACGUUGUUUUAACGUCAAAGUGCUCCGUAGAGUAUAAGGUGUAAUUAUUUGAGAGGAAAAAGGUCGGUCAUUUUUGUAUAAGCACUCCUAAUGUUUUAAAUUGAUGUAUAGAAAACUAUUUUUCUUAUCACUGUGAUAUAUUAUAUAAUGUUCUGCUUCGAAAAUGCCGACAAUACAAAAUCAGUCUAUUGUUUCCGGGGAGUUCAUCGGGCUACUGUUGGUGCAUGUCGGGAUGUGUUGAUGCGUGUCUUUCGGAAUUAACCAAACUGUUUUUAUACUUUAUGUGUCAAGCCGCCCAUACACAAACAUAGAAUGUUGAAAAAGUCCCGCGUAAUCUCUUGGUGAAGGCUAUAGCAAAGUUUUUCUACUGAGGGAGCGGGCCUGUACCGGGUACUAACAUAUGUAUAAUACGUUCUACCUUUGAACAAUAUAAAUUAUAAAUGUAUUGUGCUCCUAUACAGUUUUAUUUUCUUACCUAGUAGAAUGUAUCAUAUGGUAGUCAUGCUUCUGCAACUAUAUAGUUUAUAGUGGCUAUAAUGCGGAUACAAUCACAGUGACUGACUGGUUUUUAUCAAAUAAAAGGUGAAUGAUAGAAGCAAAAUGGGCUUGUAUGUUGUUUUUUGCAUUCAUUCUGAUCUGUAUCAUAUCAGCCUGUGAUGUGCAUCAAUAUGGGUGCCUAUAUAAUGGUGGG